ACCUGCAUGGAAAUAUAUGUAAAAUUGAGAGCGGCAUGGAAAGGCACGAAUACAAGAAGAUCAUUUUAACGUCCAAAAACAAAUCAGAGAACAACAGAGACGCGGAGAUCCGGCGGCUCGAUGCCACUAAAGACCACCCGCCGAUGUCUGAAGACGUCGAUUGCGCAGGCGCGUGCGCAGCUCUAGACGCCGCUACACCAGGUGCACAACUCUCUGAAGAGAUAGUUCCUGUCUGCAGCGAACAUGACCACUGUCCACAUCGUGGAAUGUGUCAGGUUCCUCCCGGACUACAUCUACCUACGGUAAGAAGAAGCGACCACGUGACAACACCUGGGUUUGUAAGAAGAAGCGACCACGUGACAACACCUGGGUUUUAAAAGAAGCGACCACGUGACAACGCCUGAGGGUUUAAAAGAAGCGACCACGUGACAACG